AUGACGGGCCAACAAAGCAGCUGGUGGUCGCGAGUGAGCGGCGGAGGCAAGGUCGGCUUCGACAAGGCCUGGACACUCGUCGACAAACUCGGCGCUCCUGUAAACAAGCUGAGCAACAAGCUGGGCUCCGAAGCCUUCUGGCCCACCACCCUCGACAAGGAAAGCGACAAGGCCGCUCGCAUCCUGCGCAGUUUCUGCAAAGAUGGCUUCUACCAAGAAGAAGCGACAACCGCCACUACCGACGGCCCCACGGCAAAGCAAAAGGUCCUCAAACACAUUCCACCAGAAGUCAUCAAGAAUGCAAAAGGCCUCGCCAUCUUCACAACAAUGCGCACUGGACUAUGGGUCUCUGGUGCCGGCGGUUCCGGCGUCUUGGUAGCCAGGACCCCCGACGGCUCCUGGUCGCCGCCUUCGGGCAUCAUGCUGCACACUGCCGGCCUCGGCUUUCUGGUCGGCGUCGACAUCUACGAUUGCGUAGUCGUCAUCAACUCCCAAAAGGCCUUGGACGCUUUCUCAAAGAUUAGGUGCACCUUGGGAGGAGAAGUCAGUGCUGUCGCUGGCCCUGUAGGAGCCGGUGGCAUGCUUGAGACCGAAAUCCAUAAGAGACAAGCACCUAUAUUCACCUAUCUCAAGUCGCGUGGUUUCUAUGCUGGCGUCCAGAUUGACGGUACAGUCGUCAUUGAGAGGACUGACGAGAACGAGCGCUUUUACAAGGAAAAGAUUUCUGUCGGCGACAUUCUAGCUGGCAGGAUACGCCAUCCACCUCUCGAGUGCCGCCCUCUGCUCGAAACCAUCAAGGCUGCUCAAGGCGAUAGCAACGUCGAUCAGUCUUUGCUUCCGUCAGCCCCGCCGCCUAGUGACUUGGACGUCAACAAUCCCGACCACUUCUUCGGCAUCCCAGACAGAGAGGAUCCCGACCCGUACGGUGUUCUGGCACUCGAAAAAGAAGGAAUGAGCAUUCGCGAAGCCGGAACACAAAAACGCGCCAGUUGGGAACAGUUCAAUUUCCAGCCUGCUCCCACCAGCCCCAUCUUCAACACUUUCAGCCGACAGAGCUUGGAGAAGAAUGGCAAUCGCAAUCGCAGCAGUAGCAACUCGACUUGGAAGACAUCCAAUCUGUCACAGACUGCUAUUUCGACUGCCAGCACAGCAGUGGAGCCAGCUAAACGCAUAAGCGUCACACGAUCCAUGUCAGACAUGUGCACACAAACCGAUUUCCCCGAACCCAUCAGCCCGCGCGUGGGAAGCUUCCGCAGUCGCCAAAGCAGUCUUCACGAAAUCGCCGAGGACAGCACCGUUAUCUCCGAAUCCCGUCCUAAAAUCGAUCGCAACCCGAGUUCGCGCUCAACUCGUUCGAGUCCAAGGCGUUCCUCAUUCCGUUCAUCACAUCGCCGCACUGACAGCGGCAGCGAUUCACGCUCCGACUCUCCACCACAGCAAGCCACUCCUGCAAAGCCUGAACACAAGGACAUUGCAGAGGAAAGCUUUGAUGUCGACGGCGACGGCGACGGCGACGGUGACGACACUGCUGACGAAGCUGUCAUCGAAGAACCUGUCGUGCACUCGGUUCAGAAAGCCACCGCUCCUCAAUUCAUCUCUCGUGCUCGUCUUGUAGAAGUCCCGAAGCGCAUUACGCCCAAACUUCCUCCUCGCAACCCCAACCGCGGCAAGGGUCCGAUAGUCAUCAAUGCCGAGCCCGGAGCUCAGCGUCCUUCCUCUACUGAGCUUUCGAGUCCUGGGGAAUCUCCUCUCAAGACGAAUAAGCCUGACUGGAGUGCGCCUUCCAGCCCCAACAAGCUGAGCGCCGAAAGUCCUGGUGUCGGAGAUCCGUCUCCCAGUCCCGGCGAAGAGCGGAAUCCUUGGGGCCAUAUUCUGGAACAGCACAGAAGAAAUGAGAGCAAAGACUCUCUCGACAUGCCCGGAGCUUUCCACUCUCUACCCCCUACUCCGGACGAAACCAGAGAGGGUGUCCAUGCGUCCUAA